CAGAACGUCAUGACGUAAGAGGCAAGACCUCCGGCGGAGCUGUCAAGAGAACGGUAUAGAGGAGGAUGGAGGAGCCUGAAGAGGAAGAGGGGUGCGGGAAUAGCCCGGAGCGGGCGGCUGGGGGCUCCACAGCGGAGUGUUGGGAAGAUGUAACUGAAAAGAAGGCAGCUGCUGAGCCAGGAGCUGGUAAAAAGAUUGGGCACCGUGGAGUUGAUGCCUCAGGGGAAACCACAUACAAAAAGACCACAUCUUCUACAUUGAAAGGUGCCAUACAGUUAGGUAUUGGAUAUACAGUAGGCAAUCUAAGUUCCAAACCAGAAAGGGAUGUCCUAAUGCAAGAUUUCUAUGUAGUUGAGAGCAUAUUCUUUCCUAGUGAAGGCAGUAAUCUUACCCCUGGCCAUCAUUACCCAGACUUUCGUUUUAAGACAUAUGCCCCUGUGGCUUUCCGAUACUUUCGGGAACUCUUUGGAAUUCGCCCAGAUGACUACUUGUAUUCUCUUUGUAAUGAACCUCUUAUUGAACUCUCCAAUCCUGGAGCAAGUGGAUCUCUCUUUUAUGUCACUAGUGAUGAUGAAUUCAUUAUCAAGACAGUUAUGCAUAAAGAAGCAGAGUUUCUGCAGAAGCUUCUACCUGGAUACUAUAUGAACCUGAACCAAAACCCAAGAACACUUCUGCCCAAGUUCUACGGUUUGUAUUGUGUGCAGUCUGGGGGAAAGAAUAUCCGUGUUGUGGUGAUGAACAACAUCCUACCAAGAGUGGUCCGUAUGCAUUACAAGUAUGACUUGAAGGGUUCCACUUACAAGAGACGUGCAUCUAAGAAAGAAAGGGAGAAACGUAGCCCUACGUUCAAAGACCUAGAUUUCAUGCAGGAAUCGCCGGAGGGACUGCUCCUUGAUAAUGACACCUUCAGCGCAUUGGUUAAGACCCUGCAGAGAGAUUGUCUGGUUUUAGAAAGCUUCAAGAUAAUGGAUUACAGCCUUCUUUUAGGCGUGCACAACAUAGAGCAACAGGAAAGAGAGAAACAAGUAGAUGGAGCACAGAGUCCAAUUGACGAGAAACGUCCAGUUGCACAAAAAGCGUUAUACUCCACGGCAAUGGAAUCCAUUCAGGGAGGAGCCGCCCGUGGGGAGUCUAUAGAUACUGAUGACACAAUGGGAGGAAUUCCUGCUCUGAAUGGCAAAGGGGAGCAUCUUUUACUUUAUAUAGGAAUCAUCGACAUUUUGCAGUCAUACAGGUUAAUAAAGAAACUAGAACACACUUGGAAAGCUCUUGUUCAUGAUGGGGACACUGUGUCUGUACAUCGGCCGGGUUUUUAUGCUGAACGAUUCUUUAAAUUUAUGACUCACACAGUGUUCCGAAAAACUUCCUCACUGAAGUCCUCUCCUUCUAAAAAAGGACGAAGUACGCUACUGGCACCUCGACCGUUGGGACCAUCUGCAGCAUUUUCUGCAGGACAAAUUCCUACAGAACAAGAAGAUGAUAGAUAUGACCUGCGAGGAGCACGCAGUUACCCUACAUUAGAGGAUGAUGGUCGUACAGAUUUACUGCCCUGCACACCACCAUCAUUUGAGGAGGCCACUACUGCUUCUAUUGCCACUACUCUGUCUUCCACCUCUCUGUCAAUUCCUGAACGCUCUCCAUCUGAAACCUCAGAACACCCCCGAUAUCGAAGGCGUACUCAGUCUUCAGGGUACGAUGUUAGGAUCUAUGAGGAGACGCGAACAGAAGACAUUCAACAGAUAUCAGUUGAGGUGGAGCCCACACAAUCGGCUACUGUGAUUGUACUAGAGGAGGAGAAGCAUGGUGAGGCCUCAGGCUGUGCCGCAGGAACCUGUCCACCUGAAGAAACAGGUAGUCAGCGAUCUGAAGAGGACGAUGAGCUGCCUGUGACGGACAUUUAUUUUCCUCCAGAUGACCGGAGCUGGGUUUACUCUCCACUCCACUAUAACCCCCAGGGUCAAUCUGUCUCGGACGAGGAGAGUGACACAUAAUUACUAUGCAGAUACCUGACAAAAGGAAACCUAGACACCUUUUGUGUUCCUUUGCCUCAGCCUCAGAAACAGACUAUAGAAGGGAGUGAUCAACUAUGGAAGAAAGGAUGUAACCAGUUACCGGACUCCUACAAUCUACUAUGCUGUUACGUGUUUUUGUAGUAGUAUCCUUUCCUUUUUGUGCGAGUGCUUUGCCAAACAUUCCCUUUUAUUUUUUUUAUGGUUUUUAGUGCAUUUUAUUUCCUUGCCAGAAGCCUAUUUUGGCCUUCACUAGGGACAAAAGUUUAUCCACAGCAUCUCACAUGGGAAUCCUGACUUAUGAUUGGGGAAUAUAUGCAAGAUCUAUUAUUAUUAUCUUAGUUGUUCAGUUGUUCUGGUGAUGGUGGAAAGCUCCUGUACACCACAAAUAUGAUGCACCUUUUGGGGCUCUUAUAUUAUAUUUCUAGCUAGGUUUAACACUGCUAUUUGUUUUGUAUAUUUUGAUAUUUAAUCCUUUUUAGUAUUAUUUAUAUUGUGUGGAGUAAACUGGUUACUAUCUGCAUUUUACUUUUAACUUUAACGUUUACAUUGUAGGACUGGUUCAGUGAUCAGGUUUAAGAACUGACCACUAAUGAUAUAGAUUCAUUUUCUGUUUUGUUUGUUCUAUGGUUAUAAACUACUGGAGUCUGAUGGCAUUAAAGGUCAGGCCAGACAUGCAAAAAUGUGUAUCCAAUUGAAUUGCUGACUGCGUUUCAUUUUUUAUUUGUGAAUGGUUUCCAUAAUAGUCUUUAGAUUUAUCUUUGAGCAGUCUCCAGUGGGGAUGAACACCUCAGUUUCUAGACUUUUUAAGGCUGGGUUUACAGUACAUAAUUUCCGAGUGGAAUUCAGUUUUGAAAUUCCACUUGUAAAUUCUGGUGCAGGAGAAUCCCAUUGCUGGCAAUGGGAUUCCACUGCAAAGUGCACACUGCAGAGUUUUCGAGGCAAAGUUUUCUGUCUGGAGCUUCACAACUGUAAACCCAGAUUAAAAUGUUAUCUUUUUCAUUAUGUGCUUUUAUGUCCUUGACCAUUGUCAUGUUUCAGCACAUCAAGUUCUAACAUGGUUUCUUUAACAUGGCAGGAAGGAAAAAAGGAGAAAAAUGCCAGGGAGCUCCCUGGUGUAAUACUGCGAGAUGUAAUUGACCCGCAACCACCUUUAUGGGGUACUCUGCCCCUAGACAUCUUAUCCCGUAUGUAAAGGAUAGGGGAUAAGGUGUCUGAUCGUGGGGGUCCCACCUCUGGGAUCCCCGCGAUCUCUCCUGCAGAAGUUCGCUCCGUGCAGCAGAUGACAAGUGGGUGCUGUAGGAGAGAUUGCUUGGGUUCCCAACGGCGGGGGCCCCCGCGAUCAGACAUCUUAUCCCCUAUCCUUUGGAUAGGGGAUAACAUGUCUAGGGGCGGAAUACCCCUUUUAAUGAGUCGGAAUAUGUCUUGAACCAAACUAAAAAAUAAAUAUAAAGGUUUUUCGUAUGCAGCUAGAGGCCCUUUUCUGCUUGCCCUAGGGUGUGGAGAAAUAAUAGAGAAUGCAAAAUAGAGGAAAAAAUUAGGGUCUUAAAGAGCUCUGCGGUUAGGUAGGCAUUAAGAA